UUCCAGUUCACAGUUCACAGUACACUUUGAUUUUUCAACGUUUUUAACCAACCGUACCACCCCUCAUAUUUUUUUUUUUUGUUAAGCCACUAGCCACUAGUUAACUCGCUUUGUAUAUAUAGCGCUUGAGAGAGAGAGAGAGAGAGAGAGAGAGUGUUGUACCUUGGCUCUGAGGCUUCGUCGGAAAUCGUUGACGGAGCUUAGCCGGGAAAAAAAUUUCAUCGAAACCCGUGAAGAACUUUUGGAAGCUUUCUCACUGGGAUCUUACUUUCUCAUCGAUUUUCACACAAAGCGUCAGUGAAUUUAAAGGGAGGCUUUUUUUGUUGUUGUUGUUAAUUUUCUAAUCGGAUUGAAGAGAAUUAUCGAGGUUUCAGAUUCGUGAAAGUGAAAUUCUAGGAAUUCAAUUCCUUUUGUUAAAUCAAAACCAGUCAUUUUUGGUUAAAAUGGGAGAGAAAGUAGCUACGACCUUUUUGCAAUGGUCGCAGCCGAUUGUUCCUCAUUCUGCAUCCUCAUCUCAAGCUCUAGCCUCCGCAGUUUCAUUUCCUUCGAGACGACGACGAAGCCACCGUACCGAUGGUGGAGCUCUCGUGUGCCGGUACGUGCAGAGAUUGGACCGAUCGGCUCUGUUCGGAACCGGCCUCACCAAUCUGUACCGGACCCGGUCCUGCGAGUAUCAGAAACCGAAACUUCGAACCUUGAAAAGAGUUUGCAGUGCCACCGCCAGCUUCGAUGCCUUUUCGGACGAAGAAUUUUCGAAGAAGAUUCAAGAAUUAGCACUCAGAUUCCCACUCUCCGAUGAUGAAAGUACCUCCCUGGAUUCCGAAUCUGAGGUCAUUCCUGAUGAAAUUAUCGCUGGUAGUAGCGUAAAUUUUGUAGAGAAUCAGAGUCCGGUGGAGCCGCCGUGGCCGGAAAUUCCACCGGAUUGGGUCGGAAAAGAUGAGAUUAUUCCGGCGAGUAUCGAGCGAAAAGCGAACAGCGUGGAUCUUCCGCUCUCGCUUCGAAUGAUAAGGCGAAAGAUGCAAUGGCAGGAAGGGUUUAUAGAAGUGGGAGAAUCGGCUUAUUCUUCAGUGAAAAAAGCGUUCUCGUCGAUGGUUUUUAUAAUCAGAGAGCUUCACAGCUACACUUUACAGAUGAGAGGGUUUUUGUACUACGAAGACUUGCAAGAAAUUAUCGUUCGUGUUCAGAAGGAGAUGCACGCUUCAUUCGUGUGGCUAUUUCAGCAAGUGUUUUCUCAUACACCAACUCUCAUGAUGUACGUGAUGAUUCUAUUAGCGAAUUUCACUGUCCAUUCCAUGGGCCAUAACGCUGCGAUUGCAGCUUCACUACCACAAGCUGGGUCUCAAAUGGAAUCGAUGGUCGAAAUUCAAGACCAGGAGAACCAGAAAUUUGAUUCAUCGACGAUUAAGACUUUCUCAGCUUCGUCUUCGAGUGGUAAAAUGACUUCGAUUGGAGGAAACAAUGGCGGUGGAGGGAAGGUACGGCCAGUUGCUAGUGGGACCGACGGUGAUGGUGGGUUUGACGGGUCGAAUCAGUACCGUACGAUUUUGCCAGAUGGGUCUUCUUCUUCUUCUUCUCAAUUGUCCUCCUAUGGGACCACAAGAGAGGCGGCGGAGUCGGAGACCAGAGAAGAAGAGAUGAACCUUUGGAAUUCUAUUGUGGCAGAGGCUUCGGAAAUGCAGUCCUCGUUGAGACACGAAGCUCUCGAUCAAGAAAUUAUGCAACGGUUCGUUUCGCCUGUGAUUGUUCAGAUUGAAGCAGAUAAUGAUUACGCUGAUUAUUUCAGAACAGGGCUGCUUUAUCAAGUGGGUCUGGUUCAAGACCCCAACAAUCCUCUUCUUCUUGCUAAUUACGCUCAGUUCCUCUACGUUGUUGCCCAUGAUUACGACAGAGCGGAAGAGUAUUUCAAGAAGGCAGUAGGGGUUGAGCCACGAGAUGCAGAGGCGUUCAACAAGUAUGCAACCUUUUUGUGGAGAGUGAAGAAUGACUUAUGGGCUGCUGAGGAGACCUUUCAACAGGCCAUUGAGGCUGAUCCAGACAACUCUUCCUAUGCAGCUAGUUAUGCUCACUUCCUUUGGAACACUGGUGCUGAAGACACUUGUUUCCCUCUUGGCUCCUUAGACAACAACACCCAAGAAGAUUAAAUUUGAAAAAAAAAAAAACAAAAAACAAAAAAAGGAUAAAGAGAUAGUUUCCCACAUACCAUACCACCUCCACCACCCCGGUUUUGUUUCCCACCUCUUAACUUCGGAAUUUGUUACUAUAAUAAUAAAAUCUGCACAGAAAAAAGGAAAAAAAAAAUAUGACAGAGAAUUUCAUGUUUUUUCUU